AUGACCUUCGCCUUAGAAGACUACGCAUCUGCCAAUCUUAAUUGGACUUCAACUCCAGAGUUCACUAAUUUAGACUAUUGGCGAUUGAAGGUUGUGGAAGGUGCCCAGACUUGGCACUAUCUACAAAGUGAGGAAGAACGCAAAGCUUGGCCGCAAACGAUCUGGGACAGAUAUCAUCUAGGAUUGCCGAUUGAUGUUCCUGAACUUCCAAAACCAAAGACUCCACUAGAGAGUGCCCGAAACGGUUUCGAGUUUUAUCGUCGUUUACAAACGGAAGAUGGUCAUUGGGGUGGUGAAUACGGUGGGCCUAUGUUUUUGAUACCAGGACUGAUAAUCACUUACUAUAUUACGAAAACGCCAGUACCCGAUCCUAUGCGAUUGGAAUUGAUCCGUUAUUUGCUUAAUAGAGCCCAUCCUGAGGAUGGUGGUUGGGGCAUACACAUAGAAGGCGUUUCAACAGUAUUUGGCACAGCAUUAAACUAUGUUGCUUUGCGUAUCUUAGGUCUUGGACCGGAUCACCCUGCUAUGACAAAAGCAAGAGGGACUCUACACAAGUUAGGGGGCGCUUGUGGUAUUCCAGCUUGGGGUAAAUUCUGGUUAUCAGCUUUAGGUGUCUAUGACUGGAAAGGUGUCAAUCCUAUUCCUCCAGAGCUUUGGGCUCUUCCAAAGGCUAUGCCUAUUUGUCCUGGAAACUGGUGGGUUCACACUCGCCUGGUGUAUUUGCCUAUGGGUUAUAUAUAUGCUCGUAGAUUGAGUGCUCCUUUGACGAGCUUCACUCAGUCUCUGCGUCAAGAACUAUAUGUAGAGCCAUAUGAUUCAAUCGUUUGGGAUAAGCAACGAAACAAUGUAGCUGAAGUUGACCUUUAUACCCCACAUUCCAAAAUUAUGGAUAUUCUCAAUUAUGGUUUGACAUAUCACGAAACAAUUGCCUCAAAAUUGCCAUGGCUAAGAAAAUAUGCACUGAAAUUAACAAUCGAUCAGAUUAAAAUGGAGGAUGAGAAUUCAUUUUAUUUGGAUAUCGGACCAGUCAACAAAGCUAUGAAUUGGUUGGUAGUGUACUAUCAUUAUGGCAAAGAUUCCUAUGAAUUUAAAGAGCAUGUUAAACGGAAUGCAGACUUUAUGUGGAUGGGACCUGAAGGUAUGAUGAUGAAUGGUACAAAUGGUAGCCAACUUUGGGAUGCAGCAUUUAUUACGCAAGCUUGUGUGGAAGCUAGACUUGCCGACAAUCCUCAAUAUCGAGAAAAUAUGGUGAAAACAUUGGAAUUUUUAGAUGUGACCCAGAUUAAACGCGACCCUCCUAAUAUGGAGAAAUGUUAUCGCCAAUCAUCAAAGGGCGCAUGGCCAUUCAGUACUAGAGACCAAGGAUUUACUGUCUCUGAUUGUACUGCGGAAGGACUGAAGGCUACAAUUGCUAUACAACAAUUACCCAAUAUGCAACAGUUGAUUGAUCUUUCCAGACUUCGCGAUGCUGUAGAUGUGUUAUUAACAAUGCAAAAUUCAGACAACGGUUUUGCAAGUUACGAAACUAUCCGUGCUACACAUUUAUUAGAGUAUCUUAAUCCCGCCGAAGUAUUUGGCAAUAUCAUGACAGAAUACAGCUAUCCUGAAUGCACCACCGCCGUUUUAAUGGGCCUGCGUAGUUUCAUUCAAAUUGAUCCUGAAUACCGCCGUGCAGAAAUCGACGAAACAUGCCGACGUGCUCUGCUUUACAUCAAAAAAGUGCAAAAUGCUGAUGGUUCCUGGUACGGUGCUUGGGCCAUCUGUUAUACAUAUGCAGCCAUGUUUGCUUUACAGAGUUUAGCUAGUGUUGGUGAACAUUAUGAAACAUCCGAGCAUGCUAAACGAGGUUGUGAUUUUCUAAUUCAACAUCAAGAGAAGGACGGUGGUUGGGGAGAAACAUAUAGAUCUUGCGAGCUGCAUGUCUAUAGUCAUAACGAGAAAUCUCAAGUUGUAAAUACUGCUUUUGCUGUUAUGGCACUCCUAUACGCUAAGUAUCCACAUAAGGAGCCAAUUCGUCGAGGCAUCCAACUCAUCAUGAAAAGGCAAAAAGCGAACGGUGAGUGGCUGCAAGAAAGUAUUGAAGGCGUCUUUAACAAAAAUUGUAUGAUUUCCUAUCCAAACUACAAGUUCGCCUUUACCAUUUGGGCACUUGGUAAAUAUGCAAAUGUAUACGGGGAUACCCUCGAAUAA